AUGGAAGUGUUCCAGCAUCAGCUACUCAGUCUUGUUGGGGCUCUGAUCUGUUUCUGUACUCUGAUAAAAUGCAUCAGAUUCAUGAGGACUUUUCCAUAUGUCUGAAGUUCUUUGCCUUAGAUUUUCUUUCAGUCAAUGGGAGAAUGGGCAGUCGUCACAGGAGCAGGAGAUGGGAUUGGAAAAGCAUAUUCCUUUGACCUGGCAAGAGGUGAAUUAACUAUAGUGAUGAUAAGGAAAACUUUUGAAAAAAUGAAUUUGGUAAGCAUUUUUACAGAGCUGGCCACAGAUCAAAAGGUGAAGGUUAUACAAGCUGAUUUCACUAAAAAUUCAGUGUACAAGAACAUUGAAAAAGAUCUGAAGGACUUGGAUACUGCUGUUCUGGUUAGCAAUGUUGGAAUGCUUCACAAUUCUCUUCCAUGCCAUUUCCUUAAUGGACCAAACAUAGAAGAGGACCUUGUCAACUGCAAUAUUAUUUCUGUUCCAGGUAGAUAUUUGACAAAAAUUGUUUUGAAACAGAUGCAAGCAAGUCAGAAAGUUCUAAUUCUGAAUCUGUCCUCUGGUUUGAGUACUUUCCCUUGUCCAUUAUAUACAACGUACUCAGCUACUAAGGCUCAUUUAUCUACACUUCUACAACCACUGCAAGCAGAGUAUAAGGCAAAGGGAAAUAUCAUACAGAUACUGAUUCCUUAUGGUGUUUCUGCUCCAAUGUACAAAAACCCUUGUGUUAUUACAAAGACAGCAAAAGAGUUUCUUAGUGAAUCACUGGAGUAUGUCACCUUUGGAGAUGAGAUUUUUGGACGUUUCACCCAUGAAAUUUUGAUUGAAUUUGGGUGUGUGUAAAUGUCUUCCAAAGACUCCAGCCAAGUCUGUCUGGGCUCAG